CCAAACAACCCCCCAAUAAGGCAGAGCCACAGACACAAAAAAGAGAUCUUUGGUUUCAAUAAAUUAGAAGGUGAAGGAAAGGCUUGAUAAUUAGAAGGAGACCAAAGUGGGUCAGAAACACACGUAGCGUUCAGGCAAAAUCCAUGUGCCCACAUGGAUGAUUGAGAGAGAGAGAGGGAGAGAGAGAGUGAUACUAGUUAUUGUAGAGAGAGAGCAUUAUAUUUAUGACCUCAACAUCACCACAAGUAGUAGCAGCAGCAGCAACACCUGCAGUGGCAGCACUCAGUAGAAGAAGACAGACACAAGAGACCCACAAAGGAAAACUUGCUCAAAACCAGAACUUGCACCUAAAGUUAGCAACUUUUGAUGCUUCUAAGCAGCUUCAGCAGCAGAAGGCAUAGAGGGGUGUGGUGAUUUUUGAGUUUGGAGUUAGGAAGUAGAGAAGAGAGGGGUGAGAUAUGAAGAAGAGUGAGAGUGGGGGUGGUGGAGGGUAUGUGAGAGCGGAUCAGAUAGAUCUGAAGAGCUUGGAUGAGCAACUUCAGAGGCAUCUAAGUAGAGCAUGGACCAUGGAGAAGAACAAGGAGAAGGAAGAAGAUGAAGUUGAAGGAAGGUCCACAAGAAGCAGACAAGAAUGGGAGAUUGACCCUUCUAAGCUUAUCAUCAAGACUGUCAUUGCUCGUGGCACUUUUGGUACUGUUCACCGUGGGAUUUAUGAUGGCCAAGAUGUUGCAGUUAAGCUCCUUGACUGGGGAGAAGAGGGCCAUCGGUCAGAGGCUGAAAUAGCUUCUUUGAGAGCUGCUUUUACACAAGAAGUUGCUGUCUGGCACAAGCUUGACCAUCCUAAUGUAACCAAGUUUAUUGGUGCAACAAUGGGAACAUCAGAGCUACAGAUACAAACAGAAAAUGGUCAUAUUGGUAUGCCAAGUAAUGUUUGUUGUGUUGUUGUUGAAUAUUGUCCUGGAGGUGCGCUGAAGUCUUAUCUCAUUAAAAACCGGAGACGGAAGCUGGCUUUUAAAGUGGUUGUUCAACUGGCUCUUGACCUUGCAAGAGGGUUGAGCUAUCUCCACACAAAGAAGAUUGUCCACAGAGAUGUUAAAACAGAAAAUAUGCUUCUGGACAAGACACGAACCUUGAAAAUAGCUGAUUUUGGAGUUGCUCGUAUUGAGGCUUCCAAUCCUCAUGACAUGACAGGUGAAACUGGAACCCUUGGUUACAUGGCUCCUGAGGUUCUAAAUGGUAAUCCAUACAAUAGAAAGUGUGAUGUGUACAGUUUUGGCAUAUGCUUAUGGGAGAUAUACUGCUGUGACAUGCCCUAUCCUGACCUUAGUUUCUCAGAAGUGACCUCAGCUGUUGUACGACAGAAUCUUAGGCCAGAGAUUCCACGAUGUUGUCCAAGCUCUCUGGCAAAUGUGAUGAAAAGAUGCUGGGAUGCCAAUCCUGACAAGAGGCCAGAGAUGGAUGAAGUGGUGUCCAUGUUGGAAGCUAUUGACACAUCAAAGGGUGGAGGAAUAGGGAAGGAAGACUCAAGAUGGAAUGCAUACAAAAAAAGUGUGAAAGCCAUAGUUAAUGAAAAAGAGCUCUACAAUUACUUGUUACUUUGUUGGGCUAUAAUUUUUGUAAAGCUAAUUGUGCCGUCUCCUCAUUGCACCCAUUUAUAUAAUGUUUCUAUGUAAGAAAAUGUACACUUGACAGUAGUAGCAUGGAUUAUUCCAGCACGAAUAUCAAAGUCCUGAUGGGUCAUUUGGUGUCCUUUGAGCCUACAAGUGAUCUGUUUUGGCAAGAUCUACUCGUGCAUAAAGACGUGACCUAUAAUAUUUGGAAUAAAUAUACAAUU